AUGGCAAGAAAGAUGAGCAAAGGUAGACAAAAGAUUCAAAUGACUAAAAUGUCAAAAGAAAGCAACCUUCUUGUAACCUUCUCAAAACGUCGUUCUGGACUUUUCAAAAAAGCUAGUGAACUUUGUACACUUUGUGGUGUUGAAAUAGCCAUUAUUGUUUUCUCCCCUGGCCAUAAAGUUUUCUCUUUUGGUCAUCCUAAUGUUGAGUCUAUUAUCGAUCGUUUCCUUACUCGUAAUAUUCCUAGUAACACUACUGCAAAUUCUUCUUCUACAACUUGUCAACUUGUUGAGGCUCACAGAAAUGCAAAUGUUCGCGAAUUGAAUAAGCAACUCAUGGAGAUUCUCAAUCAAUUGGAGUUUGAGAAAAAACGUGAAGUUGAACUUGUGAAAAUUAACAAGGCAAAAAUAGGAAAGAAUUGGUGGGAAAGGCCAGUAAAUGAACUUGGACAUGCUGAAUUGGAACAGUUGAAAUUAGGAAUGGAGGAACUCAAAAAAAAUGUUACAAAGCAAAUGCAGAAAAUAUUUAUUGAGUCAUCAAAUACUCCUGCAUUUUUUCUUGGAGCUUCUUCGUCUAAUGGAGGCCAAGCUGAUGUUAAAAAUAUCACAGGCCUUGGACUUUCCAUGGCCACUCAUGGGCAUAUAAUUUUUCCCUGA